AUGCCCGCUUACUACGGUGAUGAUGAUACCCGGCCGCGCGCCACUGCGGCCCUCUCUCCAGACUACUACUACUCAGGCGGAGCGCCAGGGCCCUAUGCAACCGGCGCGAUUCCCGUGCCAUCUAAUGCCCGGCUGCAAUAUCAGCCCCAAUCCCCUUUCUAUACGCACCCAGCCCCUAAUGCUUCCGUCCCGAGUCUCCACCGUGAUGCCUCGCCCUACCGUCGCCGUCCCCGGUCGCUCCCGCCUCCUGUGCGACCCAAGAGCCGCCGUGGUGAUCGGGACCUGUCGCCUCCCGGAGCUGACAAAGGCCCGCGCGGUCCUGUACAAGAGGCACGCCACCUGAUCAACCAUACCUUUUCCAAUUCCAACUCCGGCCUGGGCAUGGGCGUCCUCGGCGCACUCGCCGGUGGUCUAAUUGCCCACGAGGCCACCGGGGCCAAGCCGACGUCGCGGAGCCACGGCCGUCGCCGCACCGACCACAAGUCGCCGCUGCUCCCCACCAUUGUUGGCGCCGCUGUCGCUGGCCUGGCCGCAAACGCCUUUGAGAAGAAGAUGGAGGUCGCCAAGGUCAGGAACGCCGAGAAGGAAGCAGCCUGGGAAAGAAAGUGGGGCAGACGCUCCGGUGCAGACGCACGCGACGACCUUGAGGAGGACAGGGGCCGGAGGAGGAGCCGCCGGAGGUCCAGUGGGAUAUACUAUGAUGAUCACGCCUUAGAUGGGGAUUUCUAUCGGCGGCCUGCACGAUGA